CUUCUCUACAGUUGAAAUAUCUGCUGGAGCAGCGCACGAGACGGCUGGGAGACUUGCAGCGAUGAAGGUGGAAACGACGAUCUCGGAUCUGCUGAUGGAGUGCGAGGAACAGGGUGUCCAAUUGCCGGAGAGCCCCUGGCAGGCGCUGCGUGAGGUGAUCACGGCGUUACGAAACACUAAACACGACGCAUUAGGCUAUCUACAGACCGCAAAGGCUUUUGACCAGCUCAAGACCAAGUUUUCCAAAGAUACUGAAGCGAUGGAGACGGAGACGGCGGCAGCGUCACCACGUGUGGUACGCCGCCAGAAGCGCAAGCUCAUGGAUGACAUGCCCAAACGCAAGCGCCGAAACAUGAUUCUUGACAGUGAUAGUGACAGCGACGAUACCUCUGCCUUAGUCGCCGACAUCAUGAGCCCUGUGGCGAGCAGUAAGAAGAAGACCAAGUACCCCAAAAAGAGUCGUAUUCAAGAGCAGGUGGAGGCCACACCUGCCGCGAAAGAUCAGAACCAGUCACUUGUGGAUCAAUUGGUGCAUUUGGGCGAGUAUGAGGUGACCCACGGGUACACCCAACGUGGACUUGCACGUUUCCGAGCUGCGAGGGAGAUCCGCAACAGCUACGUUGUCAUUACUUCGGGGGCACAAGCGAAGAAACUUGACCACGUGGGAGCAGCGGCGGCUACGAAAAUUGACCAACUUCUGAACGAAGGGCUUGCAGCCGCUCUUAGUGAGUACGAUGGGGACGACGAGGCACUACCGGUGACAAAGUGA